UCUCAUUUAGGCCAUCUACUUAAAGACAGGAUUUUGGAGAAAAAAAAUCCUAUUCAGCGGAAGAGGUGUGAAGAUUUUCUGUCUUCCAUUAAGUUCUGCCUUCUCACCUCCAUUCUCAAACGACAUAAUAAGGCAGCAUGCGAUAAACUCAUGAAUAGGAUAAUGAGGGAACCCCUUAAGCUUGCUAUUUAAUUGACAUUCUUGUUAGCACUACCAUUCAUUCUAUACAGAGCUAUAUAAUGCUUCAAUGUAGCUGUCAAACAUACAAUUAUAUAACCUGUAUCUGCAGUCUGUAUUCAAUGUAUUCAAUCAAUGAAAGAAAACUCACAAACCAGCACAUCACAAAGAAAGUUAAGUGACUCUGCCUCAUACAGUAAGUUCUGAUUAUUACACAUACAUAUACGCAUGCUGCAAACAAUUAUUUUUGAGAAUGACCUGUUAUUGCAAAAUAUGUCACUUAGGUACAUAGGUCCCCAGACAUAAUCUUAUGACUCAUCUUUGGAAAGACCUUGAUUUAAAAACAUUGCAAUAUUGGAAUCAAACAGGCGGCCAUGCAGCAUAGGCUGGAAAAUGAGGUCAAAGUACAGUAAAUCACACAGUUAAGGGUCGAUAAGUACAUGAUUGAAUGGGGGGAUGGGAUUCUGGACCAAGGACCUAAAGUCACUGCCCAUCAUGAUUUCACAGCUGAAGGUUUUACUUUUGUCGCAUUCAGUCUUUCAGAUUUUGCCUGUGUAAUGUACCCAAGGUCAAACAUCUCAGCAAAAUGAAAUUAAAAAAAGCUGGGACGGAGGCAGUCAAAAAACCUUCAAUAAAUUCAGAUUGCAUUAACAUUGAACUAGAAGACGGAUAAAUCCACAGAAUCAAACUGCAUUUGUUCUCCAUGCACAUCACCAUUAGAAUAAGAAGUGUUGAUCUAAUCACUGAUUCACAGGCACAAGAAUGUUAUAUAAAUAGCGGUUUUGUUCAUGACUGAACAGAUUUUAGAUUAAGAGGCUUAGGGGUACCGAGAAAGAGCUAAUCAAACUCACAGAAUGUGAAAAUGGAAAAGGAAAUGCAAAAUAGGUCAUGCAAAAUAAUACAGAGAUUCCUCAGGAUCUUAAUGCACACAAAUCCAUAAAACAAAUGGAUGUAUUUUAACUCCAUUGUUUCACCUUUCCAGUGAAAUAUACUUAUCAUGCACAUGUAACAACAAUUGGCAUGUUCAGUCUAGGCAUUCAGGCCCGAGAUUGAAAAGCAUUUAAACAAACUCGGUGAACCAUAAGUGUUUUUUGGUUUGUGUUCCUGUUUCCUUCUUAACUUGUAGACACUGUUUUGAGAUGAAACAUCCCCAAGCAUUCCAGAGCUUGGAUUUCUGUUUUGCCAAUUUUGUCAGGCAGCGUCACUACUGGGAUUGAAGCCUUCGGCCUGCUCCCCUUAUCUUUAAGAAACAGAUGUGGAAGCUUCACGCUGAUUCCUGCAGAGGUGAUGCGUCUUCAUGUGUCAGGUCUGAUUUCACAACACAGCCUUCAGCUUAAGCCUCUUAAGACCCCGAAGAACCAUGAGUGUGAGAAACAGAUCCUGCUCUUCCUCCAUCCUUCAAGCGUGCAGUUCAGCUUUUACCAGACAGCCAUCCCGUGUGUUGAUAGUGGACGCAUCGCCCCCCUGGUGGUCAGAAAUAUGCUCUGUUCUGUGUCAGGCCUUGGAAAACUUCUUUUUCAUCGCCAGCAGUCUGGCAGGGCCUGUCCGCCUGCCUCUGCUCAGCAUCUUUGCCAUCAGCGCACAGCUUGAGUGCCUUCUACCCUUCGUGCAAGUGAAAGGGAAUUUGACACGUCUUCUGUGCUGUGUGGAGGAGCUGCGUUCUCUGCCUCAGGAGGGCUGUAUUCGGCAGCGGGGGGCACUCCUUAAACAGGCAGUACUGGACAGCCUGCAGCAGUUUAAACAAUACAUGUGUCAUACAGCUCUUGGGGACAUAAACAGCAACUGUGUGGAGGUGACUGUAUUGACUUGCCAAUCAGGUCACAUGGUCCUGAGACAGCUCGAGAAGGAUCUCAAAAGCUUUGAUCUGAUGAGUCUACGCAGACUUUUGGUUAUUCAUAUCAGCCUACAGCAGAACCUCUCCGACCAAUCCCCAACAUGUAGCCUAGAGAUGACGUCAUCAGAAGAUCACAAUGACCAUGAAGAGAGCCUGAUGUUGGGCACAGAGAUGGACCUGCAGCUGGUGGAGGGUACAGUUCUGGCUGUGGAAAAUGCUUUGAAGAUGUGGCUGCAUGAACAAGGUGGAGACCGGGAGCACCUCCACCUGUUGUUGCCCCCCUCUCUAACAGCACAAGGUUCCACACCCAACCCUGCCAACAACAAACCGGGCCCUGUCUGUUUAAAGUGUGACAUGCAGGAGAGGCUUCUAAGCCCGGUUCUGUUUCCCAGCACUGCUGACCUUGGAGUGAAAACAGAAAGCAUGCAAGAUUACCAACCUCCAAAUAAGGCCAACCAGAAUCUUUCACCAAAACGUCUACAAGUUGUCAAAGUUCUUCAUGCCGAUGGAGUGUGUCAGUCUGUGCUGUAUGGACUGCCUCUUGUUAUCAGACCAACCUCCUGCUGGCAGCUGGACUGGGAUGAGAUAGAAUCAAACCACCAGAUGUUUCAUGCUCUCUGCCACACACUUGAAACACGUGAUUGGUUCCUGUUGGUGCGUUCAGAGUCGAGCUCAGGUUCCGGUUCUUGUGUAUUCUCCUACUACAUACUUCAGUCCACGGAUUCACUCUCUCUGCUUUUGAAACCAGUGUUGACUCGAGAACUAAUGCUUCCCUGCACUUUACUUCCUUCAACGGAGGAACCCCCACUCCAUGCACUUGCCACUGUGGAGAGCUCCCUGGAGCAGCUUGAGAGAGACCCUGUCUUUAACCCCCUCUGCCUGGACACCAACUUUUACCUGCAUCUGAGAAUGCGAGGUUUGCUCACCCGCACAUCACAACAAGCUGGAGGACACAGUCAGGGUCGUGGCCUUCGCAGAGAUGCUAGUCGGCCACCAGAGGGCUCCACGCAGCGUCAGGUUCGACAGUCUCAGAGUCGUGUGCGGGCCACGGUGGCCCCUCUCUCCUCCACUCCUCCGAACAAGAUACCCCGCCCCUCGCUCACCCUCAGCCACUCCCGACCCCGUGGCUCUGCUCACUUUUUCCAAGACUAUGAAGAGGAAGAUCGUCUGAUGGUCCAGAGAAAGUGAGAGGGGUCAAAAUUCUUUAACUGUGAGAGGAAAUCACACAUUAACACACUGCACUGACACUUACCGAUGUGCACAUCCAGAAACGCACUCAUUUCUGAACUCCCUUAGACAGGAUGUUAUGUGACACAUUAUACUUGCACAUGACCGGAUCUCCACUAUUACAUGUAGAUAUAUAGAGUUUACCAGACAUGUGUACGCUAUAGAUGUCUGCAAGGUUUACUAUUGAAAGGGCACACACUGCAUUAUCUUUGGGUAGUAUACUGAAACAACAGACAACAUCACAAAAUUUUAAUACGGUGUGCUAUGCGGAGCCCUGUUUAGCUGUGGCAAUUUGCAUCAAAUGAUAACAAGCAUGUUUUUAAACUCGGACACAACUGCAGCUAGCUGUAUCGAAAAAGUUGCUAUGCUAAUGUUGGUUGACACUUAAAAAAGGAAAGUGUUAAAACAAAACAUUACAACAUUACACCCAUUCUUUGAUACUGAGAUGAGUGUUGAUAAUUUAGGAGCGCAACAGUUCACUGCACUUCCGUUUGUCCUCUCACAUCUGAAAACCAUUAGAGCGCAGAUCAAAUAUGCUUAUUCCUAAAAAAAAACUCUGCAACUUUGAGACGUGCAUUGCAAAACACCCAGAAUCCAUAAAAUCUGUUGAGCUACCCAAAUUCUUGGCCUCAUCAAAACGUCUUUUACGUGAUUUUAUUCUUGGUUGAGUAAUUAAAGUAACCGUCGGGCCGUGCAAUUUAACAAAGGCUGCACCGCAACUGGAAGAACAUCGCUGUGAACUGCCGAGGCUGCUGAAAAGGAAUAAUUCAACAUAAAACCACCAAAAGACCAGAGAGGCUGUUUUGAGCACUGCCCACUUUCUGCAAAUGUUCGAGCUGGAGGACUCUGUGGAGAUUUAGGGAGGAUGAGGGAAGUAAAGUAGAGCCAUUGUCUUCCUUUAUGGAAGCCUCCACUACAAGCCCCUCUGGAGACUGUACACAGCAGAGUAAGAAUUCAAGGCCUUCAAAGAGCCACAGGGAACCCAGAGAGGAGAAAUGAAAUAGAGGUCGCUCUGCGUAGCCCCCGCGACCCUGUGGAACAAGGUUCAGCUCUUGAGGCGCUGGUUUAGGUCGAGUUGUAAGAGCUGAGAAAAAUGAUUCUGAAACCAGACUGAGGUCAUAGCUAUAAUGUUACUCAAUGGGGCUCUCUUACUGAAGCUCAUCAGUAUUGCCUCAUUAAGCUCUCCGCCAUUCCACCCACCUGGCACUGCCUACGCCUUAUGACAUCAUUUUGAGGUUUGGCAUUGUGCAAACUCGACAGAAAGCAGACGUCAGAUCUUCUAUCGCUUCUAUCGUAUUUUACGUUCGCAGUUCCCUUACUUGUGUAUUAGUAGGUUUAUAUUGUUCUUCAAAUGUCUUUCUUACUCUGGCCAACUAAUGUCUUAAGCAUGUGUUGUCUUAGGGGCCAGGGGUUUAUAAUAACUACAGCAUUCCUCUUAAGUUCUCCUUAAUACUUUAUAAACUAUUCAAUGAAAGAGAAAUUCUUGUACACAAUGUUAUUGCAAAUGCUGCAGUUGGUGUUGUUUGGAUGGACUUUUUUUCAUUACCGUUAUUCAUUAAUGUUUUUUGAUGUUUACUGUUGUCCUUUUCAAUGGAACAAACUAACCAAAUAAAUAGCCCUAAUCCAUUUUCUGUGUCAAAAUCUAUCAGAUUUUUUGGGGUGUAUAAAACUUUCAUGAUUUAACCGGGGCCAUUUAAUACUGUACUAUUUUACAAUAUUUAAAACUCACUUUGUAUAAUGAACAUAUAGUCAUAUCCCUGCUAUCAUUCUGAAACCUUGAAUCUCCAUAUAUUAAAUUAUUUUUUAUUUUUGCCAUAUGUUAUUAUUAUUAGUCACCCUUUAUGUAUGUCACUGGGGUUUACAAAAAUCUAAAUGAAAAAACCUUGGGAGCAGCAAUGACACAGUGUGUAUUUUGGCUGAUCGUCCACCUGUCCUUAAUGUUUUUGGAUGUGCACAUUUUAUGAAGUUGCACCAUUUUGCAAAAAUCAAACCAAUAAAAAGUAUUAAAACA